CAGGGGUAUUGAUAAUAACCUCCCUUAUCCUGGGCAACCGUCUGCAGACGUCUGCAAAUCUAUAUCUGCACUUUGUUGUCUUGUAGAGAUACUGGAACCUGAGCCUACCAGGAUCUCAUCCAAACGACCAGCGUUGCCAAAUUUUCGUGGAUUGAGAAAUGACAAAACAUAAUUGACUGAAUGGAAACGUCUGUGCUGCUGGAGGUGACAGAGGCAUGCCAUCGUAUUCAGAGACACGAUGCACUGUGGAAAAUGCGGUGGCUGCUACAGUAGGUGGUGCAGUUGCGAUAGUAUGUGGUCAUCCAUUCGACACCACAAAGGUAAGGCUACACCUGGAUAUUCAUAAGAAGACACCAGCUGUGUAUAACGUUCUAGAAACGCUGAGACAUCAUGGUAUGGGACGUGGUCUGUUCCGUGGGCUGUCGUUUCCGCUGGCCACAAGCUUUGUCAGCAACUCCUUUCUGUUUGCGGUGUACUGCUCCUCCCUGCACGCCAUGCAAGGCAACACACAGCGCGUUACUCACGUCACCCACUCUGCCAUCUUCCUCGCUGGAUGUAUCGGUGGCGCCGCCCAGCUGGUCGUCUCCUGUCCCAGUGACGUCAUCAAGAUCAUGCUUCAGAGCGACAUCCCUAUUGGGAAUGGAACAGUCUCGGUUGCCAAAACUCGCUGCUACUUGGGGCCGAUGGAAUGCAUAGGGGAGGUGCUCCGGUACUACGGGUGGCGCGGUCUGUACAGGGGGCUAGGGGCAAUGGCAGCCCGCGACCUGCCGGGUUACGGCCUCUACCUCCUGUUCUUCCAGCAUCUGGAGGACCUCAUCUCCAACAGGGAAACUCACGAUCCUUACGGGGUGUACACUGGCUUCGUGGCCGGCGGCAUCGCUGGCAGCAUGUCAUGGGGUCUGCUGACGCCCUUCGACGUCAUCAAAAGUCGCCUGCAAGCUGACGUCAUGAGCCGCCAAUACAAGGGCUUCUGGGACUGCCUGCAGAGCAGCGUGUCGCAGCACGGCCUGCGCGUGCUGUACAGGGCCUUCCUGCCGACCGUCAUACGGGCAUUCCCGUCUGGCGCCUGGUCCGGCUUCUUCUACAAUCAGACCGCCGGAGCCAUGGAGACCUUAUGGUCGUCUGAGGCCACACGAAGGCGGCUGACAGAUAUCACCAGCCGACUGCGUGGGAAAGAUGCCAAGAAGGACUAGAAGGACCGGGAAGAGGAAGUCGGAAUUCUCCUGAUGUCAACAAAGAGAAACGCACACGAGCGGAACCCGAAAAGCGGAAGUGACGUUUGAGAUGAGCGAGAGUGACGAAGAGGUACUACGAAGGCAGAGACUUUGAGGCCAGUAACUCUACAGUCACUUUAACAAGCCGGGCACUUGAUGAUUUGUAUCUUGUGUAAAACAUGAUGUGCGUUUCUGUGACCAAAUGAAAACACACCACCACUGUUAAGGUACACCACUAUGAUGCGGGAUGCUGCCAGCUGACAGGGGUGACAAUUGCGACUAUAGCCAGCUGAGACUAUGGUCAAGAUGAUGAGUCUUUGUGACAGAUUUGUGAAACAAUUAUUUCAAUGCAAAGGGUCGUGUAUGUAUGCACAGUUUUUCUUAUGCACAGACGCUUUCUCUGCCUUGUUGAAUACUCGUGUAUUUCGACUAGACACGCGCCAAAGAUUCGAGGAAGAGUAAUUCUCGAAGCUAUUGAGUGAGUGAGCUGUGUAUAAUUUUUACACGACAGAAGCCAGAGUUUUGAGACUUAUGGUGAACGGGACCUACCAUGUUUCAUAUUUUUCAUGUUAGCACGUGAACUUGCCAGAAAUAAGUAUGUGACAUUUGUUGGAGAA